AUGGGCCCCUGUACCGCCUCCUCAUGCUGCUGCCAGGCCCGUAAUCUGCCAUGGGCCCCCGUACCGACUCCUCAUGCUGCUGCCAGGCCCGUAAUCUGUCAUGGGCCCCUGUACCGCCUCCUCAUGCUGCUGCCAGGUCCAGAGUGUGUCAUGGGUCCUGUACGGCCUCCCAUUGCUGCUGUCUCCAUCGCCACACUCUGCCAUGUGCCACUUUCAGGUCUCCUCACACUGCUGGUGGGUUCCAUUUUGUCAUAGGGUGCUUGCUGGCAGAUUACGGGCCUCCCAUUGCUGCUGCCAGGCCCGUAAUCUGCCAUGGGCCCCCGUACCGACUCCUCAUGCUGCUGCCAGGCCCGUAAUCUGUCAUGGGCCCCUGUACCGCCUCCUCAUGCUGCUGCCAG